AUGGCGGCUCUUGGUACCUUGUCGGGGACCGCCUCUGCUGUGGACAGCAUCAACGACCUGGAUGGAUACACCUUCCGAGACUACAGCUUUCCCUCCACCGCCGCCUUCGUUCCUCCACAAGAAGACGACUUUGGUUUCGACCCGGCGCCAGUCAAGUCUACCCCUCUCGCCAACUUACAGCCCUACAGCCCUCCCACAGACCUCUCGCUCUCCGAAUGGCCGGAUUUCCAGCGCGAUGAUGAUAUGAAGCCUUCUAUGGUCGAAUCUCCCUUUAAUUUUGCUCCUUUUGAGGUGGACGGCUUUGUCAAGGCCGGUCUGCCAAGUUCCAGCACCGCCGUCUCACGAUAUGGACAGAUGACCCCUCCUCGAUCGAGCUCGGCGGCCAGCUCAGACUCGGUCAAGCUCGAAGAGAAGCUCUCUCCCAAGUCCACAGCUCCUGAGCCACGCCGUAAGCGAGCUUCCAAGGCUCAGCCAAAAGAAGACGAGUCGGCAUCUGCUGCGACAACAUCUAGCCGGAAGCGCAAGUCUACUAAAAAGUCCGGCGCAUCUGCAGACAAGGGACAAUCUCCAGAGGAGCAGAAGAGAAAACAGUCGCUGGAAAAGAACCGCCUGGCUGCUGCCAAGUGCCGCAUGAACAAGAAGGAAAAGACCGAGCAACUACAGCGAGACUCCCACGAGAAGGCGGUUCAAAAUGCUUACCUCAAAGAUCAAGUCAUGCGCAUGAAGGACGAAAUUCAACAGAUGAACGCACUCUUGCUGGCUCAUGCCAACUGCAAAGGAUGCAAGGCACCGGACGAGAUCCAAGGUCACCUUGCACAUCUCGGGAGCGAUUUCUUGACGACGCAUAUGGGCUUUGGCAGCUCCAAUUUUCCCGACUUUUCUACCCAGAUGGACUUCACUGAACUGCCAGACAUGGACGAUGGUUACUUUGGUCAGAACCCCAGCCAGAUGCAGGCCCAUCCGCCGCUUCCCGAAUUCAAUCGCUCUGCCGACUUCGAGGUACAAACCCCCAUGCAGCUGGAUUGA